AUGAGUUAAAAAUUCGAAUAAAUUGCAAGACUUACAAAAAGCACUGCUAACUUUAAAGCAACAUAUGUUCCAUUAACUUUAAUUGGUACAUCAUUGAUUUCAUUUAUUGCUUGGUCUAAAUUACCUUAUGGAUAAGCAUUUCCUCACUUAACAAUUUCAGAAUAUGUACCUAAGAAAUCAUACUUUCAUUCCUUAAUUUUGGCUCCUUUAAAUUUCUAAACAAAUGUAUUUCAAUAAUCAAUUUGUUAGGGAUAAUUAUUAGUUUAUGGCCCAGCUAUGUUAUAUACAUUUUAUUAAAUGAGUACAAUACUUUGUAAUACUUAAUUUUUAACUUUUUAUCUUAUUAACUCUCUUAUUUGUUCCUCAUUUACAGUUUAUUAUGAAAAAAAAAGAAGUGCUGAAUAUGGUAUUAAUUUAAUGUCUCCAAAAUGUGUUUCUGCAAUAACUCCUUUAAGUUUUAUGACAUCUUUAAUGGUUUUAAAACCUCACUUAAAAUUAUUAAAUAAAGUAUAUUCAAUUAUUAUCAUAGCCACCCCUUCCAUUCUUUUUAGUUCCUACUAUGUAUGGCAUGUAUGAAAUGUAAGAAUAUUAAAAUGGAUUUAUUAAUGAAGUAUGUAGACCAACUCACAUUUUGGCUAUGAUUAAUGGAUUAAUAUUGGGAAUCAUAUUUAAAAGAUUCAUUUGA